AUGGGGUUUGACGCUACCACGACACUUAUUGCUGGGACCGUUGAACUUAAGCAAGUUUUAGGCUCCGGUGGAUUUGGUAAAGUAUACCUCGGUUAUGAUAGGAAGCGAAAAAUAAAUGUAGCUGUGAAAGUCCUUCAAAAGGAAAAAAUAGAAGCGUUUGAUAUAAAAUCAUAUGUGGAUCGUGAAAUUGAGGUAAUGCGGAAGAUACGUCAUCCGCACAUUGUAAAACUACUUGACGCCUUUGAGUCAUCAAGUUCAUACAAUCUUGUGAUGGAAUUGGCCCCUAAUGGGGAAUUAUUUGAUAAAAUUGUGAAUUCCCAACGAUUUGAUGAGCAAACUGCUCGUUUGUAUUUUCAACAGCUGAUGUCCGCCGUUCAUUAUUGUCACGGUCUCCAUAUUGUUCACCGUGACAUCAAGGCUGAAAAUCUUCUCUUGGGCGAACAAAAUGAAUUGAAAUUGUGUGAUUGGGGUCUCUCACGGUAUACAAAGGAAGGCUGUUUUACAGAUGAUCACAAGGUUCUGUUUCACUCUCUUGCGGGAAGUAUUGAUUACCAAGCACCAGAGGUAUUAAGUGGUAGAGGAUAUGAAGGAAGUGCAUGUGAUAUGUGGAGUUGUGGAGCUAUUUUAUUUUUUAUGCUUUGUGGUUAUUUACCUUUUACAGAUCGCACAGAUGCAGAGACCAAGCGACGUAUUCUUACUUGUCAAUACAACAGAAGAAAUAGAUAUCUCUCUCCAAAUGCUGCAGAUCUUAUCGGACGUUUACUGGAGUUAGAUCCUAAAACUCGCUACACUUCAGAAGAUGUUAUUAAUCAUCCUUGGUUUCAAGUGGAUUUGGAUAUGUCAUUAUUUCCUAGUAUGCAAUUGGAAUCCAGCUCCUCCGCCUUAACAACACCAAAGUCUGGGGAUUUUAUGCAACGAGUAUUAUCCCCAACAUUGGGAUCAGAAGAAAAGGGCUCCGCCUCAUUUGAACAAUUAAAUGAAAUUGGUAGAGCCUUCGAUGCAUGUAAUGUGGAUGGAAAUGGAUUUUUAAAUCAUGAAGAGGUCCGAGAUGCACUUAUCAAGUUAAAGAAUAACGAACCGGUAUCAGAGGAAGAAGUAAAAAGUUUUAUGUCCAAUUUCGCUCAAGAUAAGGAUGGGUGUAUAUCAAAGGAAGCAUUUAUUAUUGGAUGGACACAAAACCAAAAUGUGGGUAAAAAGUACAAUAUCACCUCCAUGGCUAAUUUAUUCAAUUAUGAUUUAGAAAAGGAAUAUUUGAGAGAAAUUCGUCACGCUUUUGAUUCUAUUGAUGUUGAUCAUACUGGUUUAAUUACAGAAGAAGAUCUAAAUAGACUUCAUCUUGGUAUUUCAAAAGAAGAAAUACGAGAUUUCUUUCAUACUAUUGAUCCACAACGUCAUGGUGGAGGAAGAAUGUCAUUUGAGGAAUUUGUUAAUAUGUGUACUCGUUAUGAUGCCUUUAAGGAUCACCCUAUUGUACGAAGACUUCGUAGUAUUAAAGAUAUAUUUAACGUUACUGAAAUUGGAGCAGUAAAUAGUUGCGUAGGUACAGGAUUUACAGUCGCUGGAACUAGAGAAAAUAUUAGUAUGCGAAUUCAUUCAGCAGAAAAGGCCCUUUCCACUCAAUUCGAAGAUAGUGUAACAGGUACUCUUUAUGGAACCUAUAUGGAGUCUAAUAAAAAAGUCAUUGAAGUGGGUAUUCGUUUACUUCCUUGUAUGUCUAAGUAUACUAGAGUCAUUCCAUACCGUAUUGCAGGGAAAACCACUGUAUUCCAUCAAUGGUUCUUGAAUCUCCGAAAAGUACUUCGGGAGGAAAUUCUGCGUUAUGAGGAAGAUACAAUGGUUAAAGGUCCACCCGAGCUAGUCUGA